AUGGCAACAUUUAAAAGAGAUUUAACUAAAAAUGUUGGAGUUGAAGAUUUAAUUAUGCUUACUGAAGUAUCAGAAUCUUCAUUACAUGAGAAUUUAAAAAUUAGAUACAAAGAAGGUUUAAUUUAUACAUCAAUCGGACCAGUAUUAGUUUCAAUGAAUCCAUAUAAACAAUUAGGAAUUUAUGGAAAUGAUCAAAUUAAUUUAUAUAAAGGUAAACAUGAAUUUGAAAUUCCACCACAUAUUUAUAGUAUUGCUGAUAAAGCAUAUAGAGCAUUAAGAUCAGAGGGUGAGAAUCAAUGUAUUAUUAUAUCAGGAGAAUCAGGAGCAGGUAAAACAGAAGCAAGUAAAUAUAUUAUGCAAUAUAUUGCAAGUAUUACUGGUAGUAGUACAGAGGUAGAAAGAGUUAAAAAAACCAUUUUAGAGUCUAAUCCUUUAUUGGAAGCAUUUGGUAAUGCAAAAACAUUACGUAACAAUAAUUCAAGUCGUUUUGGUAAAUAUAUGGAGAUUCAAUUCAAUUUGGGAGGUGAUCCAGAAGGUGGUAAAAUUACAAAUUACCUCUUGGAAAAGUCACGUGUAAUCAAUCAAACUCAAGGUGAACGUAAUUUUCAUAUUUUCUAUCAACUUUUAAAAGGUUCAUCAGAGGAGGAAAAGAAAACAUACAAUCUAUUAUCACCGGAUCAAUAUCAUUAUUUAACUAGAAAUGCAAGUAAUGGUUGUUUCACUGCCGAUGGUAUUGAUGAUCAAAUUGGAUUUAAACAAACAAAGAAUGCAAUGAAGGUGGUUGGAAUCGAUGAACCAUUACAAAAGGAAAUCUUUGCAACAUUAUCAGCAAUUUUACUCUUGGGUAAUCUUUCAUUCAAUAAAUCCGCCUCUGGUAAUGGUUCGGUAAUUUCCGAUAAAAAAUUAGCAAAUACAAUAGCAUCAUUGAUGGGUGUUGAUGCAAUAGUAUUGGAAAGUUCAUUGGUAUCUCGUCAGAUUAGUACAGGUCAAGGUGCACGUAUUUCAACCUAUUCAGUACCACAAACCGUUGAACAAGCUAUGUAUGCACGUGAUGCAUUUGCUAAAGCAACCUAUAGUAAAUUAUUUGAUUUCAUCGUUAGAAAGAUCAAUCAAUCCAUUGAAGUUAAAACCAUUGGUAAAGUAAUUGGUGUAUUGGAUAUCUAUGGUUUUGAAAUCUUUGAGAACAAUUCAUUCGAACAAUUUUGUAUCAAUUAUGUCAAUGAAACACUUCAACAAAUUUUCAUUGAUCUAACAUUGAAAACUGAACAAGAAGAAUACGUCCAAGAGGGUAUUACAUGGAUUCCAGUUCAAUAUAUUAAUAAUAAAGCAUGUGUUGAUUUAAUUGAAAAGAAGCCAAUUGGUAUUCUUUCAUUAUUGGAUGAAGAAUGUCUUUUCCCAGAAGGUAAUGAUCAAACUAUGAUCGAUAAAUUAAAUAAACACUUUUCAAAUCAUACUCAUUAUUCAAAGGUAGAGAGACAAAAGAAUUCACAAUUCAUUAUCAAUCAUUAUGCUGGUAAAGUUUUCUAUAAUAUCGAUGGUUUCCUCGAUAAGAAUAGAGAUACACUAUUUAAUGAUUUAGUUACAUUGGCCACAAGUAGUAGUUGUUCACUAUUGGUCGAAAUUUUCAAAUAUGUACCACCACUUGAAGUCGAUCCAGAACAAGAGAAAAAGAAUCGUGAUAAAUUUUCAAAGAAUGGUUUUGCAAAUAAUGCUGCAAAAACAUUUAUUCCAACCGAUAAGAAAAGACCAAUCACUGCUGGUUUCCAAUUUAAGAAUCAAGUUACUUCACUAUUGAAAUCACUUUACAGUUGUUCACCACAUUAUGUUCGUUGUAUUAAACCAAACUCAAAUAUGAGAGCAUUGGAAUGGGAUCAAAGUAAAUGUGCUGAACAAGUGGCUUAUCUUGGUCUCUUUGAAAAUUUAUUAGUACGUCGUGCAGGUUAUUGUUAUCGUCAAACUUUCUCUAAAUUUAUGCGUCGUUAUUAUAUGAUUGGUAAAUCAACUUGGCCAAAAUGGUCAGGUGAUGCUGAAAAGGGUGUUAAUCUCUUAAUGGGUGAAUUAACUCAAGAAAUCAACAUCAAAGAGGAGGUUCAAUAUGGUAAAACAAAGAUUUUCAUUCGUAAUCCACAACCAUUGUUCUUAUUAGAGGAUAAAAGAAAUAAGAGAUUAAAUGAUUUAGCCACUAAAAUUGGAUCAGUUUGGAAAAUGUAUAAACAAAGAAAAUGGUAUUUACGUACUUUAGCUGCAAUUAAAAUUCAAAGGACCUAUAGAGGUUGGUUACUCGUUAGAGAAUGUGUUAAACUAAAGAAUCAAUCAAUUAGUAUUUUCCAAAAUAAUAAAGAGAGAAAUAGACAAUCCAUUAAACUUAGUAAAGCUGCCUUUAUUGGUGAUUUCCUCUCACUCACAAGAGAUAACUAUACCACUGCAACCUUAAAAAGAGAAGAAGGUCCAAAUGCUGUUCUUCAACUCUCUUUAAAUGUUUCCAAAGUUAGUCGUCAUCAUAAGAUUCAAAAACGUUCAUUAUUAGUUACCAAUGAAACCAUUUUCACAAUUACACCACAUAAACCAAAGAAAGAUGGUUCAUGGUUUGCAAUUAAACGUAAAGUGCCCUUCUCUGCAAUUGAAAAAAUUUCAUUCAGUAAACUCUCUGAUGACUUUUUCGUUAUUCACAUAAUCAAUGAACAUGAUCUCUGUUUGGAAACCAAUAAAAAAACUGUAUUAAUUACCCUCUUAUCAAAUUUAUAUUCAAAACAUUUAAAUGGUAAAGAAUUGGUUUUUGAAUUCAAAGAUUCAAUUCAAUAUCGUAAUCAAAAAGGUCCUUCAGAAUUGAAAUUUGUAAAGGUUGAUUCAAUUCAUGAAAAAUCUUCAAAUUCACCUCAAGCUAACUCUCCUUCUUUUACUGCAAAAGCAGAAAAGAAUUAUUUAAAAGUUUGUGUUUUACCUGGUCUUUCUUCUGAAUCAAAAUCUAUUUUAAUUGAAAAAUAA